CAGUAGGAACCAUGUCUUAUGUGUGCAUUGUGAACGUGUGGCUUCUGUGUGUUUGUGUUUGUAAUUUUUGUACCGUGUGCACCCCUGUUCCCAUUGACCCGGUCACAAGCUUGCAAGAUAACACAAUUGAUGAAAUAAACGAUGACAUUCCAGUAGACAAACGAUCUGUUCGGUUAUGUAAAGGACAUCCUAAUGUGCUGCAGUGUAUACGGUCUUAUUUCUCAAGCAGAUUUAAACUUAUGCACCGUGCUGUGAAAGAUCCGGUAGACCUACGUAAUAUUGGAAAACGCGGGAAAAGGUUUUCAGGCCAGAUAGCUGUAGAAGUUCCACAAUGGCGUCUGGAUCGACUGAAUAGUUUGUAUAAAGCCAUGAUUAAGAAGGCUGCAAGUGAUUUUCGAAACAUUGGAAAGAAACGAGCUGCAGAUGAUUUCAAGAGCGUCAGUCGUAGAAGUAUUGCUGCCGAUUUCAGAAACAUUGGGAAAAGAUAUUAUGGUGCAGACUGGAGGAAUAUCGGCAAACGACUCUCUGGAGACUUCCGUAAUAUUGGUAAAAGAAGUUUUGCCGCCGAUUUUAGAAAUAUAGGAAAAAAAAGUUUUGCCGGCGAUUUUAGAGAUAUAGGAAAACGAAGUUUUGCGGCAGAUUUUAGAAAUAUUGGUAAAAGACGCUAUGCAGCAGAUUUCCGAAAUAUUGGAAAACGACUUGGAGUUGACUUCCGAAAUAUUGGAAAAAGGACACUAUCGAAUUUGGAUAAUGACAUGGCUUUAGAUGACGAAAUUUUGACUUUACUCUGCCCGGACUCAAUUUCUCUUGUAGAAUGUUCAGAUAGAAUUGCUAUCAACGCAUAAUUUUUGACAUAUAUAGUGAAAAAAAAAAUAUAAAAAAUACAAAUAAAUAUAGAUAGUAAUAUUUUAUACAACUGUCCAGAUACUUGUAUAUUAUUUAUUAUAUGAAACAAAUUUGAAG